AUGAGCCGUAAAGGUCUCGCGUCGUUUGAUCGCACUGCUGACCAGCAGACCAAGUUCCAGGAUCUGGGACAAGCAAUGCUGAGGCAGCGCGAGGAACAACUGAAAACUCAGCUCCAGGUUUUCCAAAACGCAUUGGUCAACUUUAAACAGGAACACAAGAAAGAAAUGAUGAAGAAUCCCCAUUUGCGAGCGCAAUUCAGCCAGAUCUGUGAAAGCUUUGGAGUCGAUCCACUCUAUAUGACCGCCGAAGACGACAUUGAUCCCGAAGAAAGAAAUAAUAGACUCGCGAUUAGAAUAUAUGAGAUAUGUCAAGCAACUAGAGAUUUAUAUGGGGGUAUAAUAGCUGUGGAUGAGGUGAUCCAGCUGGUGACCAGCACUAUUCAGGAUGGCUGGCAAUUCAAAAUGCAUCAGCAUGAUGUUGCUCCAGGAGUUUAG